UUCCAGCAGAUAAUCCAACUUUGAACAUGCAUUAAUGUUGUCAUAAUACACAUAGUUGACUAUUUUCUGCUGUGUGUAUAGUAUAAAAUAAAAAUAUCUUUCAUCUUCAUACAUCUUGUCCUUUCCAUUGCAUUCUUACCUGAACUUAAUUCUCUGGACCAAAUUCUAAGAAAUGGCUACUAGCUAUGUCUGGUGGUGGAGCUGGUGGUUCAUGGUGGUUGUUAUCGGUUGUUUAUCGAUCCAGAAGCCGGUUUUUUCCGAGCCACAAACCAACCUGUUAGGCAAAGGAUGUAGUCAAUACAAUGCAACAAAUUUACCUGAUUUUUUCAGAAGACUUAAUGCAAGUUUUGAUGAUUUAAGGAACCAGUUGUCUAAUCAAGAUAAGCGAUUCGCCACGAGACAACAGGCUGUUUAAGCUAUGGUUGAAUGCAGAAAAUAUUUGUCAAAAGCUGAUUGUGUCUCCUGUUAUGAUACUGCUGUUACUAUAAUCAGAACUUGCUCUGGUGCUAAUGGUGCUCGUGUUACCUAUGAUGGUUGCUUCCUCGGGUACGAGAGCAACACCUUCUACCAAGAGACUACACUUCCAGGAAAUGCAGCAAUUUGUGGGAAUCGAACAGCUUCUCGGCCAAAUGCUUUAAAUCCUGUGGCUCAACAACUCUUGAAUGAUCUUAGCAUGGCGACUCCAAGAAUUAGCGGCUUCUAUGAAGCCACAAAAAGAGAAGUCGCUGGUGUUACUCUCUAUGGAGUAGCACAAUGUGCCGAAGCCAUCACUAAAAGUGGCUGCCAAGAUUGUUUGACAGUGGCAUAUAAAAACAUAGAAGGCUGCUUGCCUAAAUAUGCAGAAGGAAGAGCUGUAGAUGCAGCCUGUUCUAUGAGGUACUCAAAUAGAACCUUUUUCGCUGAUAAUAAAACAACUGAUAUCACACCAUUCUGGGGAAGGAGGUAGGAAAUGAAGCUCGCUUUCCUCAACUCUUACCAGCUAUGUUGCGCGGACUCUCCAAAAUGUUGCCGUACCCAUGUCGGAUCCUCCAAAAAUACA